AUGUACGUUGACCGACGUCUGCCCGAGUUCACUUCGGGCCUGCAAGAAUUUUUCCGUGUGGCUGAGGAAAACCCACAGGCGGAUGGUUAUAUAUGUUGUCCAUGUGUUGAUUGCCGGAACUUAAAGCAAUACCCUGAAUGGCAAGUCAUUCACUCCCACCUGCUUUGGAAAGGUUUCAUGCCCAGCUAUAAUUGUUGGACCAAGCAUGGAGAAAGAGGGGUUAUGAUGGAAAACGACGACGAAGAAGAAGAGGAUGAUGAUAUGUACCCUAACUACGGUGAUACUGCAACAGGGCAUGAUGAAGAUGAGGAGGCACGUGGAGGUGAUCAAGAUGAAGAGGCAUCAGAUGAGCCCGUUGAUGAUGAUCUUCGUCGGGCCAUCGCUGAUGCACACAGAGAUGCAGAAACUGAAAACGAGAAGCGAAAGUUAAAGGGCAUGUUAGAUGAUCACAAAAAGAAGUUAUACCCAAAUUGCGAAGAUGGCAACACAAAGCUCGGUGCCACACUGGAGUUGCUGCAAUGGAAGGCAGAAGCUGGUAUAUGUGACAAGCCAUUUGAGAAGUUACUGAAAAUAAUGAAGAGGAGGUUUCCAAAGGAUAACGAAUUGCCUGACAGUACGUACGAAGCAAAGAAGGUUCUCUGCCCUCUAGGAUUAGAGGUGCUGAAGAUACAUGCAUGCAUUAAUGACUGCAUCCUCUACCGCCAUGAGUACGAAAAUUUGGAAAAAUGUCCGGUAUGCAAUGCACUACGGUAUAAGAUCAGGCGAGAUGACCCUGGUGAUGUUGAGGGCGAGCCCCCUAGGAAGAGGGUUCCUGCCAAGGUUAUGUGGUAUGCUCCUAUAAUACCACGGUUGAAACGUCUGUUCAGAAAUAAAGAGCAUGCCAGGUUGUUGCGAUGGCACAAAGAAGACCGUAAGAAAGACGAGAAGCUGAGACACCCCGCUGAUGGGUCGCAGUGGAGGAAAAUCGAUAGAGAGUUCCCGGACUUUGCAGAUGACGCGAGGAACUUAAGGUUUGGUCUAAGUACAGAUGGAAUGAAUCCUUUUGGGGAGCAGAGCUACAGUCAUAGCACCUGGCCUGUAACUCUAUGUAUCUAUAACCUUCCGCCUUGGUUGUGCAUGAAGCGGAAGUUCAUUAUGAUGCCAGUGCUCAUCCAAGGCCCAAAGCAACCCGGCAACGACAUUGAUGUUUACCUACGGCCAUUAUUUGAAGAACUCUUACAGUUGUGGAGCAAACCAGGUGUUCUUGCAUGGGAUGAGUACAAACAGGAGGCAUUCAACCUACGAGCGUUGCUUUUCGUGACCAUCAAUGAUUGGCCUGCUCUUAGUAACCUUUCAGGACAGACAAACAAGGGAUACAAUGCAUGCACGCACUGCUUAGAUGAGACCGAAGGUGCUUAUUUGAAGAAAUGUAAGAAGGUUGUGUACCUGGGGCAUCGUCGAUUUCUUCCAAAGAGGCACCCCGUCAGAAAGAAAGGCAAUCAUUUCGGAGGUGAGGCAGAUCACCGGGAGAAGCCUGAACUCCGUACUGGUGAUGCUUUACUUGAUAUGGUCAAGGACAUAAAAGUAAUAUUUGGAAAGGGUCCUGGCGGCCAAUCUGUUCCCAAAAAAAAGGCUUCGAAGAAAAAAUCUGUUCCCAAAGAGGUUGUUACCGGACACGCACCCAUGUGGAAGAAAAAAUCUAUAUUUUGGGAUCUACCCUAUUGGAAAGUCCUAGAGACGGAUACAGGGAGUCGCUUAAGUCCUGGCAGCUACGCUCUUACCAAAGCAGAGAAGGAAAUCUUUUUUGAAGUCCUUUACAGUAUCAAGGUGCCGUCUGGAUUCUCAUCAAAUAUAAAGGGAAUUAUAAAUAUGGCGGAGAAAAAAUUCCAAAACCUGAAGUCGCAUGACUGCCACAUUAUUAUGACGCAGUUGCUUCCGGUUGCACUGAGGGGGCUUCUGCCGGAAAAUAAAUAUGUUCAUAACCGUGCUAGGCCAGAAGGAAGCAUCUCCAAGGGCUAUGGAACAGAGGAGGUCAUCGAGUUCUGUGUUGACUUUAUUCCUGACCUUAAGUCGAUUGGUGUUCCCGAAUCGCGACAUGAGGGGCGACUAAGUGGAAAAGGCACGCUAGGAAGGAAAUCAAUGAUAUGUAGGGACGGCAUUUCUUUCACUCAAGCACACUACACAGUUCUACAAAGUUCCACCUUGGUGGCCCCGUAUAUCACUGAUCACAAGAAUAUUGUACGCUCCGAAUAUCCGGGGCAGUCUGAAGACUGGAUUACACAUAAACAUAUGCAGACAUUCGGCGGUUGGCUCCGAACACAUCUCAUGAAUAACAACGCCAUUGAUGAUCAAUUGUACUUGUUGGCCGGGUCACCAUCUUCGACUAUACUGACUUUCCAGGGGUACGAGAUAAAUGGAAAUACCUUCUACACGUUCGCCCAAGAUAAAAAGAGCACCAACCAAAACAGUGGUGUCCGCAUUGAUGCAACAAACACUAACAGUGGGGAAAAGGACACAUAUUAUGGUUACAUAGAGGAGAUAUGGGAACUUGACUAUGGACCUUAUUUUAAGAUCCCUUUGUUUCGGUGCAAAUGGUUCAAGCUUGAUGGAAAAGGGGUAAAGGUAGACCAGCUGUACGGAAUAACAACAGUGGAUCUCAACAAUCUUGGUUACAGAGACGAACCAUUCGUCCUAGCCAAUGAUGUGUCUCAGGUUUUCUAUGUGAAGGACAUGUCCUCCAGACCGAAGAAAAGAAAACAUAAGGAAACGAGCUCAUCCGAUGAGCCAAAGCGUCACAUAGUUCUUUCAGGGAAAAGAACCAUCGUGGGAGUCGAGGACAAGACAGACAUGUCAGAGGAUUAUAAUAAGUUUGCUGAAAUUCCACCCUUCAGAGUGAACAUUGAUCCAACCAUCGCGUUAAAUGCUGAAGAUACUCCA